UUUUUUUUUUUUUAUGAUAUCCAACUUUGAUACACCCGAAGAUACCUUUAGACGAAAACGACUCAAAGUAGUGAUUGCAUGUACAGAAUGUCGACGACGAAAAACGAAAUGUGAUGGUAAUGAACCUUGUGCAAGUUGUACUAAAGCCAAAGUAGAAUGUACCUAUGUUCCUUCGAAAACUAAUAUGAAUUCGCUUACCGAUACUUUUCAAAAAAAACGACUUUCAAAGCAAGACCGUCGUCCUUCACUUAAUACUACUACUACAACAACAACAACACCAUUUAAACCACCUAUACGACAUUCAUUCUCUCAUUUUCGUUCACAACCUGUAUUAUCAAAACCUUCUACUACUACUUCUGAUCGUCAUACUACUAAUGCUAUUGCAUCGAUUGAACAACGACUAGCGGCUAUUGAAAGAAUUCUUCGAUUACUUUUAGAAGCAACCACGGAUCCUAUUAGAAAUGAAGAUGAUACGAUACGAUUACCACCAUUAAAUAAACCUCAACAAAAGAUCUACGAAAAUCAAAUGGAAUCUUCACAUUCAGUUCAUCGAUUGCUCAAUGCUGAAACAUCAAAUGAAUGUGCUCAAGUCACUGGUUUCAAGCCCCAUGAUGCUACAAGUCACCCUUCUGUCAUGACCUCUUUGGAUGUUGUGCAACCAACAGAUGCACCCCUGACUUCCCAUCCUCCAUUACCCAGUCCUACUAAUGAUUAUUAUCAACUACCAUCAACGCAUUAUCCUGUCCUUACUACCACUCCCUUCUAGUUUAUAUAUUUAAAAAAAAUUGUUUUUUAUCUCCCCAUUUUUUUUUUUGUAUCAGCAUUUUUUUUUUACCCAUCUUCUUUGUAUCCAAUUCAAAUAAAAAAGAAAUGAAACAACAAUAAAAAGUAAAUA